AUGGCGCCUUAUGAGACACAAUUCUCAGACCAUCAUAUGUUGCUCAAGCCAGAACAUGCAAGUUUAUGUGAUCUUGUUCGGUUUCUACUUUUCUCUACAUCAGAAACGAGUAACAUCCACUACACGAAAGAACGAAAGGAAGAUUUUUGGCGCCGAUGGUACAUAUUCAACUCCCUCUUUGCGCAGAAACUCCUCCUUUCUUGGGGAAAGCCCAUGGUUCAAGUGGGGUAUAAGCUGGAGCUCUGGUUGAAUCUUCUUCCACAAAAUGGUGGAUUUCUCAUGCUCUUGUCAAAUUUCUUAAAAGGAAAUGUGGUGUGGCCGGAUAGUUCAUCGGCGACGUUCACAUCUGUGGUGGGAAAUCUUGAUCAAAGAAAGGAAUUAGACAAAAACAUCAGACCUGAAAACCCAAAAUAUAACGGUUCCCUUGCUAUGAUGGCCUCCAAAUUGGCAUACGAAAAUGAAGCAUUCGUUCAAACCACAAUCAAAGAUCAGUGGGGUAUGGAAUACUUGGGGUUCUACAACUUCUGGAACGAUUACAUGGGAAAAGUUUCGACUCAAGCCAUGAUGUUCCAAGAUACAAGAGUUCAACCUAACCUGCUCGUGGUUGCAUUUAGGGGUACCAGCCCAUUCGAUCCAGUAGCAUGGCAGACAGACGUCGAUCUCUCGUGGUUUAAGCUCGAAGGCGUGGGUAAGAUUCAUGGUGGCUUUUUUAAAGCUCUGGGCCUGCAAAAGGGCAAAGGGUGGCCCAAAGAAAUACAACAAGGAAGUAAGCAACCACAAUAUGCUUACUAUGUAAUCAGACAAAGGCUGAGAGAAAUAUUGGAAAAGAAUGAGAGUGCGAAAUUUAUAUUGACGGGGCAUAGCUUGGGAGGAGCAUUGGCAAUUCUGUUUGUGACUGUUCUGGCAAUGCACGAGGAGGAAUUGUUGUUGAAUAGGUUGGAGGGGGUUUACACUUUUGGGCAGCCAAGGGUGGGAGACAAGCAACUCGGAGAUUAUAUGAAGGAGAAGUUGAAGGAGUAUAAUGUCAGGCAUUUGAGGUAUGUUUACUGCAAUGAUUUGGUACCUAGGAUCCCUUAUGAUGAUGAAAAUGAUCUCUUUUUUGAGCAUUGGGGGCCCAGCCUCUACUACAAUAGCUUUUAUAAAGGAAAGGUAGAAUUGGAGCCAAAUAAGAACUACUUUGCAUUAUUAUGGGUUAUACCGAAGUGCGUAAACGCAGUUUGGGAGUUGGUCCGGAGUUUCAUAAUUCCAUACAUAAAGGGUCCCGACUACAAAGAGAGUUGGUUAAUGAAAAUGAUUAGGGUGGCUGGAUUGGUGUUUCCCGGAUUCGCAGCACAUUGUCCUCAAGAUUAUGUUAAUGCUACCCGAUUGGGGUCCUUGGCUCUAGACGGCCUCCAAAACCCAAUUCAUCAAAGAGAUUCUAAAGUCGUUGAUUGACCAGCUAGACAACAAUAUGUCAUACCUUUCAAGUUUUCGUUGUGGUAACCGGCAACCGGCAACCGACAACUUCUUCUUAAUUAGUAAGAUGUACUUUGAAAGG